AGGCGUUGACUUUGCUAAAGAAGGCGUUUGGCUCGACUGAGAUUUCGAGAGGAAAUUGAUGACGCCUGGCUCAUCUUUCAUUAUCAAAAGGAACUCCACUUUAAUCAAUCGUUUAGGUUGCUCUUGCUCCUAUUAGGAGAGGAAAGCGGUUCUUAAGGAAGUGAAAGUCCCACUCUCGCUCAGGAAGAAGCCAAUCCCGAAAUCCGCUUAUGGCAAGAAAGCUCAACUUCUGGACUAUCGAAGGCGUGCGCUCCUCUCAUCCUUCCUUAACCCCAUCUCCAUCAAUCAAUCGGAAGAGGAAGGGGACUGGGCUCGACACCAAAAGCACGAUGACAAACCGCCAUAGGUGGCAUGGUUGUUUUGCUGCAAAUCAAUGAUCAAUCUUUUGGCGAGAUGGGCCCCGGGUGGUGGCUCAACCCUCGUUUGCAAUCAAUGAAACUCAUUCUUGAAGAAAACACCCGUCCGACCCCUGAAUAGACUAUCUACCCGACGUCAGUAUUACAGAAUUCGAAACAUUUGAGUGAUCGAGCAAUGAGAACGAUGUGGUUGGUUGCGGCAUUGUUUAAUCCCUGCCACAUGAAAAUAUGUUACGAGUCUACGGAGUCUGACGGCAUACUUCUACAGGAUCAAAUUGGUGGCCUCCAAGUUCUGCAUGCACGAACACGUCGUAGCAUGCUUCUAAGCGGCUAUUUGAUGGACAUAUCUUGUAUGCUUCUUGUAAAGGUUAGUGUGUUGGACAGUUUGCCAUGUAGCUUUAUGUCUCUGUCUAUAAUCUCUAUUUCAUUUUCUUGUACUAUAAUUUCCAUUCAUGCUAUUGAUUCAUUUGUUAUGGUUACCUCAGCACAGAGAUCAGGAACAAUUGUCACAUUUGUAAUAAUAGAAGUAUGGAUAGGCACAUUCAUUGUUGGUGAUUCCCGUUGCAUACUUGAACAUGCUGAAGGUGGUAUUUAUAUGGACUGUGUUGGUAUUUUGUGGACUGUAUUGGUAAUUUGUAUGAACUGUGUUGGUAUUUUUGUGGACUGUGUUGGUAUUUUGUAGACUGUAUUGGUAUUUGUAUGGACUGUGUUGGUAUUUUGUGGACUGUAUUGGUAAUUUGUAUGGACUGUGUUGGUAUUUUUGUGGACUA